CCCCGUCUACAUGUUCUGUGCUAGAAGCACGCAUGGUGCCAUUUGUCCACAUGCAGGGCCGCCCGCUGAGUUGUGGACAGGUGAGCCCAGAGACUCCAGAAGCCAACAGCGGGCGCCAUGAGAAAGGGCCUGGGUGGAGGCCAGGUGAGUGGGGCGCUGCCGCGGAGAGGCAGAGACGAGACGGAGGGCCGGGCGGAAUCUCGCAGGCUGGGCGGUACUUAGCACAAUGCAGAUGGGGUUGCUAGGAGCCCGGCUUCUACCCGUCUCCCACGCCGAAGCUCCCUCCACAGGCUUCUUCAGCCCCGAACCUUCCAACAGUCCAUCAACCAUUGCUGCUUUCCUUAUGAGUUUCAGGAGUGGUGACCAGCAUUUUCUUAAGGAAUAUGAGAUGUCUAGGAGUCAGCCUGGACGAGGGAGGAAGCCCGUAGAUGUGUUUUUCUGGGUGAACGAGGUAACCGGAGAGAUCACCUACCCCAUGCUGAAGGCGGAUGUGCCUGCGUCUUCUGAGCACCUGAAUCGGGAGCUGCCCAGACUGCAGGGUGGGACUGCAUGGGGGGCUCUGUCCCCCCAUGGUGCGCUGGGCCUGGUGGCAGCGCCGACGCAGAGGCUGGCCCCCCCGAAGCCUCCAGCAACAAACACAGGCUCAAGAAGCUCCCUUGCAUUGGCACAGACCCCUGGCCAGGAGAGAGCUGGAGCAAGGGGCUCCCUGCCACCGUGUUGGGUGAUCCCUGUCACCAUGUCACCGCCAGCAGGGACCCUGGGACCGACCCCUCCGCUGCCAGCCUGUGUCUUUCCUCCCAGCCCUCCAACGCCCUGGGACCUCACCUGCAAGCUGAAAAACGUCCUCGCCGGCAGCAACCGCUUUUCCUUUUGACCUGGGGCGAGUGUCAGCACCCCACCCCUCCCACACCCCCACACCCCCGGCUGCCCGCUGCCUGGCGGCUGCCUGGCCCCCACCUUGCUCUGAGGGGCUCCACAGAAGCACAGGGCUCUCCCAGGACAUACAGGAAUGUGUCAAAUGGCUCAACCACUAUAAAUUUUGACUUGGUUUGGCACAAACCUCUAGAACUUUCUUUAACUCUCGAGCCUUGGUACGUCACUUUUUUUUUAAGAGAGAUUUUCUUUUGCUAUAAGUUGUGUGUGUGCUUGCUGGAGAGACAGAGAC